AUGGUCAUCAAAGACCUCUCUACCAAAGAUAGGAACAAAAUAGUGCAGUUUCUUCUUGCAAAUUUGAAGAAUGGCAAACCUAGAUAUGGUGCCAUGAAGGAGGCUGUAGCCCUCUUCAACUCCUCCCAACGCACCGUCACUCGACUUUGGGCGGCUGCCAAGAAACAAAAGGAAAAAGGUGAUGAAAUAUUUUUAGCAAGCCACAAACCAGGUGCUGCAAGAAGGAAAAGUGUUAGCGUCGAUAUAGAGCUAAUUCAAAGUCUAGAGCUACACAAAAGAUCAACAAUUAGACGACUUGCAGUGGGGAUAAAUCAAAGCAAAAGCACAGUUUGGAGGUGGGUAAACAAGGGGCUGAUCAGAGCUCAUUCAAAUGCUAUUAAGCCGGAUCUCACAGCCCCAAAUAAGUUGAUGCGACUGCGUUUUUCAUUAGAGGCAUUGGAAUUUGAUCGCAUUAUGUUGGCAUUGAAGUUUAAGGCUAUGGACAACACCAUUCACAUAGAUGAAAAGUGGUUCUACAUCACAAAUGCAGCACAUAGAUUCUACCUAACACAGGCUGAAGGAGAUCCUCACCGAACAUGCAAGAGCAAGACUUUCAUAAAAAAGGUAAUGUUUGUGUGUAGUGGUGGUAAACCGGUGUCGGUUUUUCGGUUAAAACCGUAA